AUGGGUGCCAACAUACCGACCGAGCCUCCUUCCCGCUCUUUAGAAGGCAAAGUAGCCAUCGUGACAGGCGCAGGAUGCCUAGGCGAUGGAAUUGGUAAUGGCCGCGCAAUUUCAAUUCUUCUAGCCAACGAUGGCUGUGACGUGGUCUGCGUCGAUUUGAACUUGGAGUGGGCGAACAAAACUGUCGAGAUGAUUGGAUCCCAGCCCAACCGUGGACGAGCAGUUUCCUUCCAAGCAGACGUCACAUGUGAAAAGGACUGUGAAGCAGCAGUGCGACUAGCAGUCGAAAAAUUUGGCCAUCUUGAUAUUCUGAUCAAUAAUGUCGGGAUCGGCGGCGCGGCGGGAACGGCUGUUGAUGUUGAUAUGGGAGAGUGGGCGAAGAGCAUGGAGAUCAACGUCGGGAGUAUGGUCAAAAUGAGCAAAUAUGCGAUACCGGAGAUGACUCGAAACGAGGGGGAGCUCAAAGGAAGUAUCGUGAAUAUGGGCAGUGUUGCUGGACUGAAGGGUGGCACGCCUCAUCUGCUAUAUCCGACUGCAAAAGGAGCCGUGGUUAAUCUGACACGUGCGAUGGCUGCACAUCACGCUUUGGAGGGUAUCAGAGUUAACUGUGUCUGUCCAGGUAUGCUGUACACACCCAUGAUGUAUGUGAAUGGCAUGAGCCAAGAGGUUCGGGAGGCUCGCAGGAACCGUAGUUUAUUGAGGACAGAGGGAAAUGGAUGGGAUUGUGCUGGAGCUGUAGUGUUUCUUGCAGGUCCUCAUGCUCGAUGGAUGACAGGAGUGAUUCUUCCGGUUGAUGCUGGGGUAACGGCAGCAGUGGGGAUUGAAUUGCCCAAGAAAGCCAGCGUCAACGCUCCGUCUUGA